AUGUCUGAAGAGUCUCCAGCCACCCCUGCUGUCGCCGCCGACGCUGGAGAUUCGCGCGCUGCGGCAGCUGAAUCCAAGCUGGAAUCGACCACAAUCGAAUCUGCUCAGAAACAAGAUGAUGGCAAACAAUCCGAAACUGAACAGAAGGAAAAGCCUUCAGAAACUGCGGAGAAGCCAGAGGACACAGAAGCAGCAGCGACCGCUGCAGAACCGGUGGAACUGAACCGCGGCGAUGAAGAGGCAGGUUCGACAGAAGCGCCAGAAGUCAACGGCGUCUCUACACCCAAAUCAUCGAGUGCAAAGCGCAAGUCUGUGGGCGGACCGUCUUCAACAAAGAAGCUAAACAAGAAAAAGUCGUCGCAACGUAUCACACAUCUGGACGCUGCUCCCGGAGAAUACUACCUUGCGCGACUGAAGAGCUUUCCUCCUUGGCCUUCGAUCAUCUGUGACGAGGAGAUGCUUCCACUAAGCUUGCUCAACACUCGCCCGGUAACGACCAAGCAAGCCGAUGGCACAUACAAGGAAGCAUAUGCUGAUGGAGGAAGACGGGCGUACGACCGGACUUUCCCGAUCAUGUUUUUGGAGACAAACGAGUUUGCGUGGAUUCCUAAUACCGACCUCAGCCCACUAGACCCAGAGCAAUGCAAAGAAGUCAGUGAAAAGGGAAAGCAAAAGCAAUUGAUUGCUGCAUACAAGGUCGCCGCCGAAGGCCACGAUCUUCAAUACUUCAAGAGCCUGCUCGCUGAUCAUCAACGAGCCAUCCAACAAGAGGCCGAAGAACGUGAAGCUGCCGCGGCAGAGAAAGCAGCUUUGAAAGCUGAGAAGGAAGCUGCGAAGGAAGCUGCGAAGGAAGCCGCCAAAGAGCAAAAGAAGAAAAAACGCAAGAGCGUUGCAGCUGAGACCGAGGACGUAGAAAUGGCUGAUGCAGAGGAGGGAGACAAAAAGGCCAAGCCCAAGAAGCGCAAGAAGGAAGCUGGAAGCGACGUCGAAGACGAAAAGCCUGCCAAAACUCCCAAGACGACAACUAAGCUCAAAUUGAGCACACCCAAAGAUCCGAAUGCCGCCGAGAAGCCAAAGACGACCAAGGCGAAGAAAGCUGCAGAGAAGUCUAGCGAGGAGAUCGUGGCCCCCCCGAAAGAGAAGACUCCGCAAAUCGAUCCCCAGGAAGCCAAAGCCAACAAACAGAGGAAAGUUCUCUUCCUUCGUCACAAAUUGCAGAAGGGUUUCUUGCAACGCGACCAAGCGCCGAAAGAAGAAGAGAUGGAGCAAAUGACAAAGUAUUUGUCUGAGUUGGAGGCAUUCGGUGAAAUCGAGGUGUCUAUCAUCCGCGAAACGAAGAUCAACAAAGUUUUGAGAGGUAUCAUCAAACUGCCCUCGAUUCCAAAGGAGGAACAGUACAAAUUCAGAGAGCGAUGCGUCGAUGUACUACAAGCAUGGAAAACCCUUCUCGAUUCGGAUAUCCCAACUCCUGCUGGCCCUGCUGAUAAGGAGGUCAAGCCUGAGACGAAUGGCGUGACUGAAGAAGCUACUUCAGCUGAGGCUAAAGUUGACGAUUCUGAGAGCAAGGUCAUCGAGCCUGAACCGAGCGAAGCUCCUGAGGACCAUACAAUGGUCGAUGCUGAGCCCCAAGUUCCAAAAGACAAGCCAGAAGCGCCUGAAGAGCCUGCUGAAAAAGAAACAGCAACGCAGGAGGCAGCUGAUGAUGCCCCCAAGGUUGCGGAAGAGUCGUCCGCUUGA